AAGGCUAAGCGAGCAGAGUCUCUCUCUACUUCGUCUUCCCUACGAACUUGGGCGGAAUUGAAGGGUGACUGUACUUUAAAAAACAGCACACAGGUGACAGAAGAGGUGAAGUCGGAGAAAGUCUUGACUGGACAGGACUGCAGUGGCUUAUAUGAUUUUCACUGAAUGGGGCGUUGUUCCAAGGACGGUUUCUUCUGCGGCAGAGGGCUGGGGAAGAGAAGUCAGAUUUGUUUGCCCAGAACAAAGAUGGCGUCCAAACUUCCGGGAUGACAAUGAACUUCCGGCAUGAGAGCCCACACACCAAAACAAGGACAUGGAGGAAGAAUGGUCUCCGGGAGGGGCGUGGUCUCCGAGACCCAGAGAGAGGAGAUUCUAAACGGCUAUUGGAUGCACUCGAAGGCCCGCCCCAUUACGGUUUUCCAAUCACAAUUAAGGAAACUCUGCGGUUGCAGCAGCGAUUGGUGAGCGGUCUGCAGCCAAUAGGAGGGGGCCAAUUUUGGCGCGAGUGUUGAGUAGGUUCCAGGUUCCGGGCUCCGCGCUGCUGCCCUUGCCCCUGGCCUGGGUCCGGACCCUGUCGGAGUCCAGUCCGAGUCUGCCCCUGGGCUGGACUGGAGCCCGUAGCCCCGCGCCCGCGCCAUGUUCGUGACCGACUUUCGUCGAGAUUUCUACGACGUGAUUCAGACGGAGCGAGUUCUUCUCUUUGUUGCUUCUGACGUUGAUGCAUUAUGUGCCUGCAAAAUUCUUCAGGCCUUGUUCCAGUGUGACCACGUCCAGUACACUUUGGUUCCCGUUUCUGGGUGGCAGGAACUUGAAACCUCAUUUCUGGAGCACAAAGACCAGUUCCGCUACUUUAUUCUCAUAAAUUGCGGGGCCAAUGUCGACCUCUUAGACACCCUCCAGCCCGAAGAGGAUCAGAUUUUCUUCAUCUGUGACACCCACCGACCUGUCAAUGUUGUGAAUGUGUACAACGACACACAGAUAAAACUGCUCAUUAAACAAGAUGACGACCUGGAAGUCCCUGCCUAUGAUGACAUUUUCAGAGACGAGGACGAGGACGAGAAUGAGGACGAGGACGAAAAGUCGGGCGGCGAGGACGAUGGCUCGGAGCCUUCUGGGAAGCGUUCUCGGUUUGAAGAGGAUGUGAUUGAGCGGACGAUGAAGAGGAGACAGCGAAGAGAGUGGGAGGCCCGCAGGAAAGAAAUCCUCUUUGAUUACGAGCAGUAUGAAUACCACGGGACCUCGUCCGCCAUGGUGAUGUUUGACUUGGCCUGGGUCAUGUCGAAGGAUCUCAACGACAUGCUGUGGUGGGCCAUCGUUGGACUGACUGACCAGUGGAUACAAGACAAGAUCACUCAAAUGAAGUACGUGACCGAUAUCGGGAUCCUGCAGCGUCACGUGUCCCGACAUAACCAUCGCAAUGAGGAUGAUGAGAACUCCCUCUCCAUCGACUGCAUGCGGAUCGCCUUUGAAUACGACCUGCGCCUGGCGCUCUACCAGCACUGGUCCCUCUAUGACAGCCUCUGUAACACAUGCUACACGUCUGCCAGGCUCAAGCUGUGGACUGACCAGGGCCGGAAGCGGCUUCAGGAACUUCUGGCGGACAUGGGGCUGCCCCUGAAGCAGGUGAAGCAGAAGUUUCAGGCCAUGGAUGUUUCUUUGAAAGAGAAUCUGCGGGAAAUCCUCGAAGAGUCGGCCAACAAGUUUGGGAUGAAGGACAUGCGGGUGCAGACUUUCAGCAUCCACUUUGGGUUCAAGAACAAGUUCCUGGCCAGUGACGUGGUCUUUGCCACCACCUCCUUGCUGGAGAGCAUUGAGAAAGAUGCCUCUGGAGCAGACAACUUCAUCCAGGCUCUCGACAGUCUCUCCAGGAGUAACCUGGCACACCUCUACCAAGGCCUGGAGCUGGCCAAGAAGCAGCUGCGGGCCAUCCACCAGACCGUGGCCAGCUGCAUCGGCACCAACCACGUCAUCUCCCAGGGGCCCUUCCUCUACUGUUUCCUCCCGGAGGGCACGCCUGACAUCAAACUGUUCUCCAAGCCCGUGUCUCUGGGCCUGCUCAGCAAAUACCUGCUGCAGUCCUUCAUUUGUUCGACCAAGAACAAGCGUUGUAAGCUGCUGCCUUUGGUGAUGGCGGCCCCGCUGAGUCUGGAGCACAGCACCAUGAUCAUGGUGGGGAUCCCCCCCGAGACAGAGAGCUCCGACAAAAAGAACUUUUUCGGGAGGGCGUUUGAGAAGGCGGCCGAGAGCACCAGCUCCAGGACUCUGCACAAUCAUUUCGACAUGUCAGUCAUCGAGCUCAAAAUGGAGGACAGAGGCAAGUUCCUGGACGGGCUGGUCUCUCUGCUCUCCUGAGGCGACCUCAGUGCUGCCCUCUGGGGCCGAGCAGAACCUCCCAGAGGACUGCAGAUGGCCCCUCCGACCUUCUCUUCAAGCUAAGAGCCCCAACUUGGUCACCGAGGUCUGGGGUGCUGUCGGACCUCAGGCUUCUUCUCUGGAGGAGAUGUUGGAUGAAGCACAAGGCCUGGGGAUCAGUGGGUCUGGUCUUGCUGAGUGUCCGUGUGUGAGAACAACACGAUCCCUACUCGGGAUGGGAGCAGUUUCAGGGGUCUCGGAGGAGUGAUGAGGCCGAGGGGCCAAGGCUGCCGAGGGAACAUUCCCCAACAACUGGAACUCUCGGGAAACAAAAUGCUGCUUUGAUCAGUAGGGAGUUCUCCGUCCUUGGAGGGCUGCAGGUGGAAGAUGGAUGCUCAGGGGUCUGCCAGACACUUGGUGCAGGGGAUUCCUACGCAGGCCCACUGGCUGCACCCUCGGGUCUCUUCUAAAGGAUCCUUAAAUUCUCAGAUUGUCCUCUGGGCCUUAGUUUCCCCCCUCUGUUAAAUGGUUUCUGAGACCUCUCUUUCCUCCGCUGCCCGGCCACACUUCUACAACUGACGGCCAUCCAGGGCCUAGAGCAGAGGCUGCAGCCAGUGUGUGUGCCAGGGCCUGGAUUCGAACCUAGGUCUCUCUUACUCCAAGACCAACCCUCUCUACCGUACCUCCCUGCCUUCCUCCCAUUAAUUUAGGGCUUCCUCAAAAUUCAGUCCUCUCCCCACCUCCAACGAGCCAAUCAACAAACAUUUAUUAAGCACCAGCUGUGUGCCAGCUAUCCGAUGAACAAGCCCAUCCCCUUCCAGGUCAGGCACUGUGGGCGGUUUUCCCCACCCUUUGGACACUUGGUUUUCUGCCCAGUGAAAUGGGGGGGCUGCGUCCUUCCUCUCCCUCGUCUCUGAGCUCGGUGCUUACUUCAUCUUUCUCUUUUCCUGUCAGCUCUUAGGAUUCUCCCGAUGUGAUUUUCCACAUUCGUCUGGAUUGUAAAUAUUGGCUGCAUGUCUGUGAAGCUUUUAUGGACUGUUGUAAAUUAUUCACAAGGUUUUAGUUCUAGGGAAAGGCGACUGUGGCCUUUCAAAGCAAUA